AUGUCUUCUGUAAAAGCAACCUCAUAUCUCCCGUACCACGAGCCAGAUAUCGUUACUAUCCUGGUUCAAUCUUCAUUCCUCCUCGUUCUUAAUAUCGUGAAUCACGUCUUCGACAAUCUCAUAUUCUGCGGCCUCAUCGGCCAAAUCUUCAUUGGUGUCGCUUGGGGGACACCAGGGGGUAAACUAUUUGAUGAGGGAAUUGAACAUGUUGUUGUACAACUCGGAUAUCUUGGACUAAUCCUCUUGGUUUAUGAAGGUGGGCUUCAAACUAAAUUUUCCGCUUUAAAAGCAAACGCUUUCCUCUCUGCGGCUGUGGCUUUAACGGGCAUUGCCGUUCCUAUUGCACUAUCAUUCAGUCUUCUAUCUCUUGCUUCUGCCACACCGCUACAAGCCUUUGCCGCAGGUGCAGCACUUUGCUCUACUAGUCUAGGCACUACAUUUACAAUCCUAAACACGAGUGGACUCACAACCACUCGUUUAGGAGUUGUCCUCACUAGUGGAGCAAUGUUAGAUGAUGUCGUAGGUUUGGUAAUGGUGCAAGUCAUCUCAAACCUUGGUGGGGGUAACUUCACUCCUAUCACUGUUGUUCGCCCUAUUGUGGUGUCUAUCGGCCUUGGAGUUGCAGUGCUAGUCACUUGCAGGUUCAUUGCUAAGUCUGCUACUUUGUGGUAUAACUCUAUGGCUAAAGCAAGGAAAAAUGGGCUGAUAACAAAAAUUAUUGGCAGCGCUUACGCCCCAGUAUUGAUUCAUACAGCAAUUCUCUUAGGCCUGGUCACUGGUGCAACGUAUGCAGGGACCUCAAAUCUAUUCGCGGCUUACCUGGCUGGAGCAUCCAUUAGUUGGUGGGACAGUGAAGUUCCAAAGGCUCUCCCUCCUGCGACUCUUGCUACGUCUGGCGGUGAGGAGCACAGUGCGAACACGGAAGGCGAAGAUGAAGCUCCAUCAACGCAAACAUCGCCAAAUGCUGUCAACAAAACGACCUCAUCGUCUGACUCCACUUCUGUCGUCGUUCAUGCAUCUACAUCAGGUGUCAAGACAUUUGAUUAUUUUUAUGGAUCAGCUCUACAUCGCGUAUUCAAACCCCUAUUCUUUGCCUCGAUCGGCUUCGCCAUCCCUAUUACCAAGCUCUUUUCAGGGCCUAUCAUCUGGCGUGGCAUCAUAUACACUAUUUUAAUGCUUCUCGGCAAACUCGUUACAGGACUAUGGCUUGUUAGACUCUCCGGUCCUAUCUUUCCCAACUUUCCCUUCAAGUCUAAGAUUAAGGCUGCGAAGAACAUGAAAGGAAAGAAAGUCCCUGGAAAAAGUACGAAAAGUGCUACUAACCAGACGGAAGGGGUACAACUACAAGGCAUGUCUAAAAAUAUCACUGAGACAUCUAAUACAACUCAAACUCCCGCUACAGCCAACGAAGGACGGAAACGUACCGAAAGCGUUAAAACAAAACAUAUCAACCGUCCGCUUUCGCUCUACCCAGCUGCCAUGCUCGGUACUGCCAUGACCGCACGCGGAGAGAUUGGGUUUUUGAUCGCAUCCCUUGCAGAAACAACGGGUGUAUUUUCUUCCACGACUUCAAUGGAAACUUCACAAUCUUCUGAAAUUUAUCUCAUCACCACAUGGGCCAUUCUGCUCUGUACAAUUAUUGGACCUCUGAGCAUAGGCACACUCGUUAAGAGAGUUCGACGACUAGAACGUGAUUUGGCGGCGAAAGGAGGGAACGGCCGAACAGAGGGACCCUUGGGUAUUUGGGGCGUUUUUUAG